GCGCACUGGUCGGCGGGCCCGAGAGAGAUUUUGAAUUCGUCAGUUAGUGAUUUAGUGUCAGUUAACCGUGCGCCCGGAACGGUCACACGCUGCGCCCGGUUCCUCUACAUGUCAGUCCCGAAAUUUGGAGCGGUUGCUUCUGCCGUACGCUCAAAAUGCUCCCUCCCAGCCCCCCGGCGAUGAUGACGGCCAUUUUUAUGCUUACGCUAAGCUAUGCGAACGGAUUCGCCACGUUACCGACGGAGCUCGAUCGACCGCAGCGGUGCCAGCUGGAGCGGACGUACAAAAUGAUCGGCUACAAUUGUGCAAACCUCAACCUGAAGGAGAUCCCGCAGCAACUAAAGUCUAAUCUGGAGAUAUUCGAUCUCAGCUUCAAUCGCAUCCGUGAUUUGGACCAGGAAUCCUUCUCCCGUUACGGUGCCGUCAAGUAUCUGUAUCUGUUUGAAAACAUGAUCCAAAACAUUGAGGAGGGUACUUUCGGUGCUCUAACGAAUCUGGAGGCACUGGAUCUUUCGUUCAACGCGCUGAAAACCAUACCGUUGGAGAUAUUCGAGCUUCCAGUGCUACGCAACCUAUACGCAGGACACAAUGCUCUGACAGAGUUGGAGAGCGAUUUGGGGCGACUCCGCAAACCCAUCAAGGCGCCGCUGCAGGUGUUAGGUCUUCCCGAUUGUCGAUUGUCCCGGUUACCGGACUUUGGUAUUUUGCCCGACCUGUGGCAGUUGAACAUCUCGUCCAACCCCAUGAAGAAGCUCACACUGGAGCAGUUCUCACCGAUGUGCCAUCUAAAAACGAUCGAUCUCAACAACACCCAGAUACCGGUCUGUUCGUGCCAAAUACUGACGGCGGAACUGACCCUCCGGAGGACGAAAGUAAUGUUCCCCCCGCUCUACUGCAUUCCGCUCACAUCGUCAGAACAAGACCAGUGUAGAGCGCAGGUCGGGGCCGCGCUCGACGCGGAAAAGGUGGCCGAUUUCCACCAGUGCAUGGACGUUCGGAACUCUCGCCAGCUGGACACCGAGGCCAAGACGGCGUGGAUGAAAAUAUCGGCCGCCGUCGUGGGCUGCAUUUGUGUGUUCGCCAUCAUUCUGUACUGUCUGCACCGGCGGAACGCGAAACACACGAAGGGUGGUCCGAAACAUCGGAAACCGAUCGCGAUAAGCGACAACAUCAAUCGGGUAAUGGCCGCCCAAGCCCAAACCGUGCCCCAAGAGGCCCCCGUUAGUCCCGGUGAGCGGGUCAAGAGUGAUAAAUUGUUGAGUGAUUGUGAUUAGAAGCGGUGGUAUCGUAAUUAGGUGUGUAGCGAUUUCACAAGACUAUUACUAGACGAGCUAAGGAACUAGUGGUGUAGAAACAAUGUAAAUAUUAGCGAAUACGUUGCCAUGAAUUAAGCUAAGAUUGUA